AUGCGAUGGGGGCUGCAGCCCCUCCGCUUGCCGUGGAGUCCCCGUAGCGGGACACUUUCCCGGCUCCGUUUCCUCCCCUGCGAACGGGGGGAAUGGUGCCCUCACCUGGAUAGGACUCCGGUCGGUUUGGAGUGGCCUUUGGAGUCCGUCUCCUACACCGUCCGAGGCCCCAGCCAGCACGAGUUGCAGCCUCCGCCAGGAGGGCCUGGAGCCCUAAGCCUGCGCUUCCUCAACCCCCAGGAAGCCCAGCGGUGGGCAGCCCUGGUUCGAGGUGCCACCGCGGAGGGACACAAUGGCAGUGACACCCUGCCUCCAGCCCUGGGCCCAGAGACAUGCCCUGUUUCCCCACCCAGUCCCCCUGAAGUGCACACACUCAAGGCUCCCAAGAUGGAUGGUCCGAGUUCUGGAGACUUGAUGGAGAAAGAAGAGCUGGCAGGGCGCCUGGCCCAGGCCAUUGAGGAUGGAGAUGAAAAGGGGGCAGCCCAAGCUGCAGCCCUCCUGGCCCAGCAUCAUGUGGCCCUCAGUGUCCAGCUCCAGGAGAGCUGCUUCCCCCCUGGCCCCAUCAGGCUACAGGUCACAGUGGAAGAUGCUUCGUCGUCUGCCCACGUCUCACUGCAGGUCCACCCCCACUGCACCAUCUCGGCCCUCCAGGAGCAGGUCUUCUCGGAGUUUGGCUUCCCACCAGCUGUGCAGCGCUGGGUCAUUGGCAAGUGCCUGUGUGUGCCCGAGCGCAGCCUCGCCUCCUACGGGGUCUGGCAGGACAGGGACCCUGCUUUCCUCUACCUGCUCUCAGCCCCGCGAGAAGCCCCAGGACGCAGCUGUCAGUGCCCCCAGAAGAUGGAUGGGGAACUAGGCCGCCUAUUUUCUCAGACAUUGGGGCUGCCCCAAGCUCCUCAGCCAGCCAGCUCCAGCCUCCCCAGCCCCCUUCAGGUAGGCAGGAGCCAGCCCGGCUGGCCCUGCCCUUCCUGCACCUUCAUCAAUGCCCCGAGUCGGCCUGGCUGUGAGAUGUGUAGCACCCAGAGACCCUGCGAUUGGGACCCCCUUCCUGCAGCCUCUACCCAGCAGUCACCAGUGGUCACAAGGAGAGAGGACGGCCCUUCCCUUCCAGGCCCGAGGUCCCUGGAUGCCCUUCUGAACCUCUCAGGGGACCUCCACUGACAGCUCCCUGGGGACAGAUCCAGAGAUGGGGGGAGGGGCCAUGAGCCAGAGUCAUUAAAGAUUCUUCUGAG